AUGUCGUCGACGUGGCUAGCGCUGGCGUCGUCGCUGCUGCGUUGGUCCGAGGGGGCUUCUCCAUCUGCUCCGGACGAGGCUUCUUGUGGCAGGCGCCAAAGAGAGUUGGCAUAUGGACAGGCAGGAAGCAUGUUGAAGUAUUUUCAAGACAAGAUCGCCGAGAAUCCUUCUUACCAAUAUGCUUUGCAAUUGGAUUGUGAGGAGAAUAUAAGCAAUAUAUUCUGGGCUGAUGCUAAGAUGGUCAUUGAUUAUGCACACUUUGGCGAUGUUGUCACAUUUGAUACUGCAUUUGGCACAAACAAAGAAUAUAGACCUUUUGGGGUUUUUGUUGGAUUGAAUCAGUUCAGGGAGACCGUUAUUUUUGGUGCUGCUCUUAUGUUUGAUGAAACAUUUGCCUCUUUCCAAUGGCUAUUUAAGGCUUUUCUAGCUGCACACAAUGGAAAACAACCUAGAGCUAUAUUUACUGACCAAGACACUGCAAUGGGAAAUGCCGUCGGGGAGGUAUUCACAGAAGCAUGGCAUGGAUUAUGUACCUUUCACAUAAUGCAAAAUGCUGUGAAGCACUUAUGCAAUAACAAAGCUGAUGACUCACAUUCUCCAAAACAUAAAAAUGAGGCAGAUGAAGAAGAAGAAGAAGAAGAACCACACAUUCUCUCAGAUUUUAGUGCUUGCAUGUAUAACAUUGAGGACACGACGGCCUUUGAAGAAGCAUUUGACAUCAUGAGGAAUAAGGUGGAUGAAAAGAAGAUGUCAUGGUUGGAUAGCAUCUACAAGUUCAAGGAAAAAUGGGCUGAAUGUUACAUGAGAGAUGUCUUCACAUUGGGUAUGAGAAGCACACAAUUAAGUGAGAGUUUCAAUAGUGACUUGAAAAAACAUUUAAAAUCAGAUUUUGACAUCAUUCGGUUCUUGAAGCAUUUCGAAAGGGCGGUGCAAGGAAAAAGAAACAAGGAACUAGAUGCAGAAUUUGAAGCUAGGAAAAAGUUACCUAGAAUAAGCAUGAAGACACCCAUGCUAUUGCAAGCAAGCAAACUUUACACACCCACAAUAUUUGAAGCAUUUCAAGCUGAAUAUGAAAGAUCCAUGGCUGCAUGUACUAGAGCAUUGGAUGCAAAUAACACAUAUUCUGUUGCAAUUGUGAGGGCUGAUGGUGAUUUAAGUUCUGAACUAGAGCGCAUUGUUGUUGGUGAUUCUUUGGAGAAAACAUCUUCAUGUAGUUGCGGGCAGUUUAAAAGGACUGGAAUAUUGUGUGGCCAUGCAUUAAAAGUUCUUGAUUUGAUGAAUAUCAAGCUGUUGCCAAACCAUUACAUUCUAAAGAGAUGGACAAGGGAAGCAAGAUAUGGAACUAUACAAGACAACAAAGGAAAUAGCAUCGUUGAAAAUCCAAAAAUGGAUGCUAUGCUCCGCUAUAAGUCUUGGUCUCACACAUUCCUAAAUUUGGCAUAUCAAGCCACAAUCUCUCCAGAAUGUUGCAUAUUGGUGGACAACACACUAUAUUGCCUCCAUAAGCAACUUCAAGACAAACUUAGUGCAUCUACAAGUAUUUUGAGUGAUUCACAAGAUGUUGUUCCACAAGAUGAAGGUUUGCUUAGUGUUGCACGCUUAAAGAAAAAGGAGGUUAAAGAAAAAACUUCAAAGAGGCGUGGCAGUUGGCUCGAGAGGAUGCGCAAGUUCAAAAGGAAAAAGCAAACUAAAUCUAGCAAAAAAAAGAAUGGUGGUGGUGGUGUGAAAACUCAAGUACCAAUGGAUGUCCCUCAUAAAUCUAGCCAACAUGAGAAUGGUGGUGGUGUAGGUUCUCAAGUACCAAUGGGUGUUUCUCAUGAGGACGACAAUGCCUUCACCAGCUACACAAAUUUGCUGAUGGGUUUUAGUGAAAUUGAUGAUAUGUCCUUUGAAGGUCUUCUUUAG